AUGCUCCGCAUACCCUUCUGGAAGCAGACGUGUUAUUCACUAUGUAUUGUCCUCAACCUCAGAGGUGUUGGAUGGAAUUACCAAACUCCGUAUCUUUCUCCGCACCUGACCCAUACCAGGCUCGGGUUUGCUGUAAGCCGGACUCUUUGCAUCAUCUGGUACAUCUUCCUUGCUAACGUCGCUCAGACCUAUGCUGGCACCAACCCACUGUUCAGUCUUUUGGGAGACUUAGCCAGGUCAAUGAGGUCUCAAGGGCCGCUUCUGAUGUUGCUCAACGUGAUAGCUUGCACAGUGAUUUUCUCCUGCACCUUGAACCUUUACUACAAUGCACCUGCACUUAUCGCGGUUGCCUUCAGGAUUUCAAGACUAAAGGACUGGCCGGUAGUGUUAGGCAGAUGGAGAGAGGCGCACACCGUCCGGCAAUUCUGGAGGUACGCUGCGAGUCUUAGCAUCUUGCAUCAACAAGACUUGAAUUGUAUAUUUCACCAGUCGUACUUGGCAUGGUAUACUUCGACAUGUCAAUAUAUGCGGUACUGUGGUUCAACAACUGGCACAUUUGUGCGGGCGUGGGCAGCCUCCGCGUCUUCAGAUUCUCGGCCAUCAGGCCAUUGCUCAAGUGGGUCGCUGCAUCGUGGAGCAUUGUCGUCCUUUCUUGGAUUACGUCAAAGUGUGUGUAACAGAUAUUAUAACACAGAGCUCAGAUGGCAUGUAUAG